CGAAACCCAGACCGCCCCGGACGAAACCCAGACCGCCCCGGACGAAACCCAGACCGCCCCGGACCAGGGCCAGACCGCGCCGGACGAAACCCAGACCGCCCCGGACCAGGGCCAGACCGCCCCGGACGAAGACCAGACCGCCGAUGAACCUGAACCCCAUCACCAGGGAGAAAGCUCAGGCCCUUUGGUGGCCUGGCUGCAUCAGACCGCAGACGGGCCCCCCAGGAAGGACCUGGCCCAGGUAGUAGGGAACCUGAAGGUCCGUGUGAAGGGAGUCAGGAAGCUGAGGGCGGAAAGAGAAAUCCUGGACCCAGGCCAGACCGCCCAGGACCCAAACCAGCUCCCCAAUGUGCCUGACAGCCCCCCCACAAAGCCCCUGGCCCAGGUCAUGGGGAACUUGAGGUUCGGGCUGAAGGGCUUCAAAAAGCUGAGGGUUAAACCAGCAUCCACCUCCCGGCUUGAUGAGGAGAAGCCUUUGGGCCAACCUUCAGGCCGGAGCCCCUUGCCUGGCCAGACCGCCCCGGACCCAAGCCAGACCGCACCGGACCCAAGCCAGACCGCACCGGACCCAAGCCAGAUCCCAGAGGAACCUGAACCCCAACACCAGGGAGAAGGCUCAGGCCCUUUCGUGGCCUGGCUGCAUCAGACCGCAGACGGGCCCCCCAGGAAGGACCUGGCCCAGGUAGUGGGGAACCUUAAGGUCCGGGUGAAGGGGGUCAGGAAGCUGAGGGCGAAAAGAGAAACCAUGGACCCAGGCCAGACCCCCCAGGACCCAAACCAGCUCCCCAAUGUGCCUGACAGCCCCCCCACAAAGGCCCUGGCCCAGGUCAUGGGGAACCUCAGGUUCCGGGUAAAGGGCCUCAAAAAGAAGAGGGUUGAAGCACCAACCACCUCCCGGCUCGAUGAGGAGAAGCCUUUGGGCCACCCAUCAGGCCGGAGCCCCUUCCCUGGCCAGACCGCCCCGGACCAAGGCCAGACCGCCCCGGACCCAAGCCAGACCGCCCCGGACCCAAGCCAGUCCGCCCCGGACCCAAGCCAGACCGCCCCGGACCCAAGCCAGAUCCCCGAGGAACCUGCAGACAGGGCCCCGACAAAGGAUCUGUCGAGGAACAUGAGGGUCCGGGUGAGGGCACCAAGAAAGAAGAGGGUCAAAACUGAUACCACCGCCCUGACGGAGCAGGAGGAGGAGAAGCCUUUGGGCCGCCCUUCACGCCAGAACCCCUUUAGGCGCAUCAAGAUGGCCUGGUCCGACCCAAAGGCCGUCAUCACCACCGACGCACCCCCGAACACCCCUGAGCAUCAGGAUGUGGUCAUCGAGGCCGAGGAGGAGGGGGAAGCCACAGCUCAGGCUGAGGGGACGGGCCUCAGGCCCCGGGUCAAUAAGUGGCUGAACCGUAGAAUGAAGGAAAUGUCCACAUUCGCGGCACGGUUCCAGUGUGGGUCAUGUGUGCACUAAGAAAAAAAAAAGAAAGAAAAGAAAAUAGCAUAUAAAAACAAAAAAAAAACAACUGCAAGAUAAAAUGUAUAACGGCGCCACUGUACAGACAAAGUAUGCACGUCAAACAUCUGAUGGUGCCCGACCAAGUCCACAUCGAUGUGAAGUCACACAGGAGGGAAACCCCAGCUUUGUCUAAGCCCGGGUGAAUUUAAACAAAGUAAUGAAACAUCUGAUGGGACUCAACCAAGUCCUCAUCGAUGUUGCGUCACACUGAGGUGUGUCAUACUUUGUUUAAAUUCACCUACGCUAGGACAAAGCUGGGGUUUCACUCCAGUGGGAUGUCACAUCGAUGUGGACCUGGGCUGGACUUAUCCGAUGUUUGACGUCCAUACUUUGUCUGGGCCCAGGUGAAUUUAAACAAAGUGUGUACGUCCAAUAACUGAAGUGACCCGACCAGGUCGACAUCGAUGUGACAUCCCACAGGAGUGAAACCCCAGCUUUGUCUGAGCCCGGGUGAAUUUAAACAAAGUAGUCAUCUGAUGGGACUCAACCAAGUCCUCAUCGGUGUUACAUCACACUGAGGUGUGUGAUGCUUUGUUUAAAUUCACCUGCGCUUGGACCCAGCUGCGGCUUCUCUCCAGUGUGAUGUCACAUCGACGUGGACUUGGUCGGGUCCCAUCCGGUGUUGGACGUACAUACUUUGUUUCAAUUCGCCUGGGCCCAACUGCAAUUCAUGUAUAAAAAAACAAAUAAAAAUGUUUGCCGAAAU